AAAGAACACCAGCUCAAGAACUGAUAAAGUAGCAUCUUCUUCUCAAGUUCUCUCUUCUAAAUCGAAAUGGCUUCAUCUGGAAAAUUAAUCUGCCUCUUCGCUCUUAUUGCAGCAUGCUGUCUGGUGACCGAGGCAAGGAGAUCAGGAAAGACGGGGGAAGUCCGCCAUGUUGUUGGAGCACCACAGAAACAAACCAUGUUCGACUUCCCAUUCGAUCAAACCGUCGUCGGGGGCUCCGCCGCUGGAGGCUCCGUGGGGGCGUCUACCAGCGUCUUCGGCAUGGAUUCAGAUUCAGAAUCUUCCGAAGAAUCCGACCUCGAUAUGGACACCGAUAUCAAUGAUGUCGACGCUGCUGACACACCUGCCAUGGUCGGCGUUAACGGCAACCAAGUUGGCGGUAACCUUCUCCCCUUCCUCAGCGGCGGAAGAGCCGGCGGAAGAGCAGCGGCCCCUGAAGCAGGAAAUGCGGACCAGCUGUUGAGCAGGACGUCGGGCGCGUCGGGUCGUGGUGUCGGCAUCGCCUUCGCAGUGAUGGGUCUUCUCACCGUCAUCGUAGCAGCUGCAGCCUUCACCCUCAAGAAAUACCGACAUAGCAUUCCAGUUCUUGUCCGGGUCUGA